CUGCGUCACGACAGGAGCUCCUUUCAGUCACACAAUCGGAGGUAAAAACAAACUACCGCCUUUAAAAAUAAGACAUGGCAAAACUACGGAUACUCUUUUGAGUACCUUUAUUGGAGAAUUUGCUUAGAACCAUGAAUAUUCAUCAGUUGCUGGGAGCAGCUUAGAUCUUGUUUGGGUUAGGAGUAAAUAUCACACUGCAGCCGCUUUGGGACGGCCUUCGAGGUAAGUGCCAGGGAUCCCGGCAUGUGUGGGCGCUCAUGUUGGAGUUAUAACAGGCAAAGCAGACAGACGCGGUCAUACCAAACAGGCAGAAUGCAGCCCCUGCAGACAUGAAGACUGAAGACAAGAGAGGAUAGAAGAAAAAAGGACAUCCUGAGAGUCUUCUGGGAACCUUUUGGCCUCUGAAGACCACAAGAUCACCAAAGACUGAAAAGAUCAUACAGAAAGCUGAAAGCUUUGAAGCAUAAAAGCUCAUCUGUUGAAUAUUCUGCAGCAUAGUGAGCUUCUCUGAAGACAAAGGGGAGAGGAGAUGCCAGGCCCAGGAGGAGCCGACCCAAAGGGAGAGGAUUUCUCCACUGCCAUCCUGAAGCAGAAACACAGACCCAAUCGACUGAUUGUGGACGAGGCGCUCAAUGAAGACAGCAGCAUUGUCAGCCUAUCGCAGAACAAGACAGAGGAGCUGCAGCUCUUCCGCGGGGACACCGUGGUGUUGAGAGGACGAAAACGGCGGCAGACUGUGUGCAUUGUCCUGACGGAUAACACCUGUGGGGAUGAGAGGAUUCGGAUGAACAGGGUGACACGCAACAACCUGCGUGUCCGCCUUGGUGAUGUCAUCAGCAUCCAUGCCUGCCCUGAUAUCAAGUAUGGGAAAAAGAUCCAUGUCCUUCCUAUUGAUGACACCAUAGAGGGUCUGACAGGGAACCUGUUUGACGUUUUCCUCAAGCCAUAUUUUCUAGAAGCAUACCGGCCUGUACACAAAGGUGAUAUUUUCUUGGUGAGGGGGGGCAUGCGAGCUGUAGAGUUCAAGGUGGUAGAGACGGACCCGAGCCCUCACUGCAUCGUUGCCCCAGACACUGUCAUCUACUGUGAAGGAGAGGCAAUCAAAAGAGAGGAUGAAGAGGAGAAUCUAAAUGAUGUCGGGUAUGAUGACAUCGGAGGCUGUCGGAAGCAGCUUGCUCAGAUCAAAGAGAUGGUGGAGCUUCCUCUCCGACAUCCAGGACUCUUCAAGGCAAUAGGAGUUAAGCCCCCCAGAGGUAUCCUGCUUUACGGCCCUGCAGGUACUGGGAAAACCCUUGUGGCCCGAGCAGUAGCCAAUGAAACUGGUGCCUUCUUCUUCCUAAUUAACGGUCCUGAGAUCAUGAGCAAGCUGGCAGGGGAGUCUGAAAGCAACCUGAGAAAAGCAUUUGAGGAGGCAGAGAGCAACGCCCCGGCCAUCAUCUUCAUCGAUGAGCUGGAUGCCAUCGCUCCUAAGCGAGAGAAGACUCACGGUGAGGUGGAGAGGCGCAUUGUAUCUCAGCUCCUGACCCUGAUGGAUGGUUUGAAGCAAAGAGCUCAUGUUGUUGUGAUGGCAGCAACCAACCGGCCGAACAGCAUUGAUUCGGCUCUGAGACGCUUCGGCAGGUUUGAUCGAGAGAUCGACAUCGGGAUCCCCGAUUCCACUGGCAGACUGGAGAUCCUGCAGAUCCACACCAAAAACAUGAAACUAGCAGAUGAUGUCGAUCUGGAGAAGAUCGCCAUGGAAACACAUGGACACGUUGGCGCCGACCUGGCUGCUUUGUGCUCAGAAGCUGCUUUGCAAGCAAUACGCAAGAAGAUGACGCUCAUCGAUCUGGAGGACGAAACCAUCGAUGCCGACCUGCUCAACUCUCUGGCUGUCACCAUGGACGACUUCCAAUGGGCGCUGAGUCAAAGCAACCCAUCGGCUCUCAGAGAGACAGUUGCAGAGGUUCCUCAGGUCAACUGGGAGGACAUUGGUGGUCUCAACGAGGUCAAGCGAGAGCUCCAGGAGCUUGUUCAGUAUCCAGUGGAGUACCCUGACAAGUUCCUGAAGUUUGGGAUGACGCCGUCUCGUGGGGUUCUGUUCUACGGGCCUCCGGGCUGCGGGAAAACGCUCCUGGCGAAGGCCAUUGCCAACGAGUGUCAGGCUAACUUUGUGUCCAUCAAAGGGCCUGAGAUGCUCACCAUGUGGUUUGGUGAAUCCGAGGCCAACGUCAGAGAUGUGUUUGAUAAGGCCAGACAGGCAGCCCCCUGCAUCUUGUUUUUUGAUGAAUUGGACUCCAUUGCCAAGUCCAGAGGAGGGGGGGCGGGGGACGCCGGCGGUGCAGCCGACAGAGUCAUCAACCAGAUUCUAACUGAGAUGGACGGCAUGUCAGACAAAAAGAAUGUUUUUAUCAUCGGUGCCACAAACAGGCCGGACAUCAUAGACCCAGCCAUCCUGCGGCCAGGCCGUCUGGAUCAGCUCAUCUACAUCCCGCUUCCCGACAAACCUUCUCGCACAGCGAUUCUUAAAGCCAAUCUGCGCAAAUCACCUAUUGCAAGAGAUGUGGAUCUAGAAUUUCUCUCUGGCAUCACUGAGGGUUUCUCCGGAGCUGACCUGACAGAGAUCUGCCAGCGAGCUUGUAAGCUGGCCAUCCGUGAGGCCAUCGAAGCUGAGAUUAAGGCUGAGCGUCAGAGGCAGAGCAGACCAGGAAUCCCCAUGGACGAGGACUUCGAUCCGGUCCCAGAGAUCAGGAAGGACCACUUUGAAGAGGCGAUGCGCUUUGCCCGCCGGUCUGUCAGUGACAACGACAUCCGCAAAUAUGAGAUGUUUGCUCAGACUCUGCAGCAGAGCCGAGGUUUCGGGAACUUCAGAUUUCCAUCUGCUACCGGCACCCGAUCCGGGGGUCAGGGGUCAGGUUCUACAUCAGAGAGGCCGAGUCUGUACAGAGAGGAAGGGGAUGAAGAUCUCUACCAGUGAUGAUGAUGAUGAUGCUUUGGUUCUAUUAGUGACAAAACACUGGGGAUUAACAACUGUUUGUCUAAACAUGUUACUGAUACAUAAGACAGAAAGAAAAGAAAGAUAUUUUACAAAAUACUGUCUUUUCUUUUCUUUUUCUUUUAGUUUAGAAUAAAUAUUGAUUUAUUGCCUGUAUUGAACUGGACUUCUGUUCAGUCAUCAGCUGUUCUGCAUUAAGAAUAAUUUUUCAUGCAGGACAAAUCUUGAAAUAAUUUAUGUGGAAAUAAUACAAAUGUUGAUGCUUACAUCAAAACCAAAUGAUGUGGCUCUUUGGUUCUUUUACACAAAAUGUUGUAUUUAUGAUGAGACAUUAUCACAAAGAUGUUAUGUUUAAAAGUAAUCCAACCAGAAAAUGACUCACUAAAAAAUUUCAAGUACCUUUUAAAAGACAUUUAACAACCUCUUUAUAAGACUAUUAUGAAAAUGGAGCUGGUACUAAAUAGUAUUUAAUAUUUUGAUAAAUACUUUCUGAAACUAAAGAACCAUUUAGUAGCUGGCUCCAAGAAAAAAAACUUGAAGCAGGAGCAAUUUAUUAUAUUUAUUUUAUAUAUAUUAUAUUUCAUUAAAUUUUAAAACCAAAAAUAAUAGUAAAAAUAAAAUUUAUAUAAAUCGAAAAAACACAAUUAUUUUCUUUUUCAAAACAGAUUGGUUAAUUAUUUUCUUUUUUUUAUGCAGAGGAGCUUUUUGGGGCCAUGUCUCUCCAUUGCAGAAAAGCUCUAUCAUCUGUUUUGUAUGGAUGAUGUCAAGAUGUCCUAUUGUGAUAAGUAUAUAAAAUACCUUUGAUAGCAUCCGCCUGCUGCUGCCAUCAACACCUUUGUAUAUAGGUGUUCGAGGUCGGCCUGUUUUCCAGUGUAGUCCUGUUUCUCUGACUGUGACUGGCAGGAUGUGCUCUCUUCAUCUUCUCACAUGAGAGCUGGU